UGCUCCGCACUCGAGGAAGUGCGGGGAAAAUUGUGCGCUUCUUCUAGCCUAGUUGGUCCAUGUUAUGCUUUGGUGGCGUUUCUCUUUUGCAGCCUGUAUGGAAGCUUGAAUACUUUCCCCCAACGUAAAGGAUAAGAUACUUCCACAGCUGAAGAUAUGCCACGGAGAAAGAGAACGGCAGGCAGCAGCUCGGAUGGAACAGAGGACUCUGAUUUUUCCGCCGACCUCGAACACGUCAGAGCUGCAGUAAGGGCGCGUCGACGCAGCAGCACGCGUCUGACUCGCGCAUCCCUGCGCCUCAGCCAGAGCUCACAAGAUAACUCCAGCUCGUUACGCAGCGGCUCCCCGGCUGCUGCCGCUCCCGAUGAGGGCCCCGAUUCUGCAGCAGAGUCGGCCCCUGCAGCAGCAGCAACAGCAGCAGCAGCAGCAGCGCCUGCCUCCGUCUUCUCCUCUGCACGCAGGAUCACACGUAGCCAGCAGGGGGCGGCAAACCCCAAAGCCAAAAGAUACCAUUUGCGUCAGAGCAGGUCGUCUGGCUCAGACACAGAAGCCAAUGCAGACACAAAACAAGGAGCGGACCGGGACGAGACGCCCCCGCGGACCCCGACAGGCAACGCCCCAUCCUCGGAGUCAGAUAUUGACGUUUCCAGUCCGAGCAAUGACCACGUGUCUUCUAACAACAAUGUUGUCGUUUCACAAGAGGAGGACGAGAGACUGGCGAAAGAGCUGUCGCUCAAAGAGGCCGCCGCCCACAACCUCUCCCAUCGACCCAAACGACGACGAUUCCACGAAAGCUACAAUUUUAACAUGAAGUGUCCGACCCCAGGAUGCAACUCGCUCGGUCAUCUAACAGGAAGACAUGAGAGACAUUUCUCCAUAUCAGGCUGCCCGCUGUACCACAACCUCUCUGCUGAUGAAUGCAAGGGCAAGGCGACGACACGCGACAAGCAGUCCGAAGAAAGGGCGCUGUCGCAUCGGCAGGAUGAGAACAGACACUCCACAAGGCACCAGGCCCCCACAGACGGACAGCAGCGCUACAAAGAUAAGGUGACAGAGCUGAGGAGGAAGAGGAACUCUGGCCUCAAUAAGGAGCAGAAGGAGAAAUACACAGAACACCGACAGAGCCACGGGACGAGCCGGGAGCCGAUGCUGGAGAACAUCACCAGCGACUACGAUCUCGAGCUGUUCAGGAAAGCGCAGGCACGUGCCUCGGAGGACCUUGAGAAGCUCCGUCUGGCCGGCCAGGUGUCGGAGGGCAGCAACAUGAUCAAAACUAUCGUGUUCGGCCGCUUCGAACUGGACACCUGGUACCACUCGCCGUACCCCGAGGAGUACGCCCGCCUGGGGAGGCUCUUCAUGUGCGAGUUCUGCCUCAAGUAUAUGAAGAGCCAGACCAUUCUGCGCAGGCACAUGGCCAAGUGCGUGUGGAAGCAUCCACCAGGUGACGAGAUCUACAGAAAGGGGAACAUCUCUGUCUUUGAGGUGGACGGAAAGAAGAACAAGAUUUACUGUCAGAACUUGUGUCUGCUAGCCAAACUCUUCCUGGACCACAAGACGCUGUAUUACGACGUGGAGCCGUUCCUCUUCUAUGUCAUGACGGAAGCCGACAACACGGGAUGUCACCUGGUCGGAUAUUUCUCCAAGGAGAAGAACUCGUUCUUGAACUACAACGUGUCCUGCAUCCUCACCAUGCCGCAGUACAUGAGGCAAGGCUACGGAAAGAUGCUCAUUGACUUCAGCUACCUGUUGUCCAAGGUGGAGGAGAAGGUGGGCUCGCCUGAGCGCCCUCUGUCCGACCUGGGUCUGAUAAGCUACAGAAGUUACUGGAAAGAUGUUCUGCUGCGGUACCUCAACAGUUUUCAGGGAAAGGAGAUCUCCAUCAAAGAGAUCAGCCAGGAGACGGCAGUGAAUCCAGUGGACAUUGUCAGCACACUGCAGUCCCUUCAAAUGCUCAAAUACUGGAAAGGAAAACACCUGGUUUUAAAGAGACAGGACCUCAUUGACGACUGGAAAGCGAAGGAGACCAAACGCGGUAAUGGGAAGACCAUUGACCCCACGGCCUUAAAAUGGACGCCGCCUAAAGGGACGUAAAGGAGCUUCCUUCUUCCUCCUCCUUCGUUCACUGGCGUCGUCACAGCUGCAGCACAGUCACAUCUGACUGCCGUUCAUCAUUUCUUUGGGUUCAAACAGUUUUAUGUGUUGACUUAAGUGGAACAAAUAUAUCGCUAUGUAAAUUUUAAAGGUUUUUAUUAUUAUUAUUCCUGGGGUUCACAUGGUAAAAUACUUUACAUGAAAAGGAACAGUAGGGAGAAUGUGGACAAAGUUGCACCUGGAUUUUAAUAGGGCUUGAACUGAUGACAUGAAGAAAAAUAGAAGUUAUACUUGGACUAGGCCAUUAAAUGUAUGGGUUAGUGAAUGAGAAUUUUUUACAGCUAAAAUGGCUGCAUCAAGAUAUAAAUUGUGAUAUUUGCUGUAUAUGUGAAGAACUCUUAUGGUGUUCCUAUAUAUUAACUAAUUUAUGCAAAGAAAGACUCGACCUCCAAAUGUUCUUACAGGGUAGAUAAAGUUUGACACUUUUUAUGAAUUUUAGGUUGAGAGCAGAGUUAAACGCGUAAGGAUUUUUUUUAUCGUUUCUUUUUAGAUUUGGACCGACGGUGUCUUGCAAAAGUAUUCAUACCCACUGAUGUUGACGUACUUUAUAUCAAACCUCCUCAGUCUUGAACUUUUUGUAGCCUGUAAGUAGUUUUCCUCCAAGAUUUCCAUGUAUUUAGCUCCACCCAUCUUCCAACCCGUAGCAGCCGUCUGCUGAAGGAAAACAUUCCCAAAUGACCCAAAAAUAAAUAAAUCAAGGAGUAUGAAUACUUUUUGCAAGGAACUAUGAAGUCUUUGCAUGCAGGAUGUCUGAAUCACUGUGUAGUUUGGUCUUAGGUCUCAAUGAGCCCAUGUGUUUCUGAAAAGUGAAACUAAUAGAGCGCCGCUCGCCUACCUCCUCACUCAAUUAGUAACGGGCACCAGGCACGCCUGCUAAUCCAAUCUGUGAUGGGCGGCAUCGACCUCGUUCCGCUGUGGAGAUGCAACGCAGGUCGGCAACACGUUGACCUAUGCGAACACGUCCUGGCUGAAGCAAACCAGCUGGCCUGGCUGGGAAUUAGAAGGACACACCCUGAAAAUACACAGUUUGAGAAAAUAGCAGCUCUGAACAAGUGGACUUUUUAAAAAUAAUUGUGUCUUAAAAACCUGUUUAGAGUUAAGAUUAUUACUAUUUGUCUUUCAAAUAUCUAGAGAAACUCAUUUACACACUUUCCGACUUGAAUGAGACGAUCUCCUUAGACUUUGGUUGUAAAAUCUGCUGCUUUUGUUCCAAUUACUGUGUACAAGUGAACCAGCACUUCUUACCAAUCUGCAUCUGAAGUCAACAUUUUAAAUCCCACUAAAUAUCAAAAGAGAAAAUAUGGAUUUGGAAAUAUUUCAGUACCUGUGCCUGCGGUGAUUGUGUAACCCUUCAUCUGGUAACGUCGAAGAAAUGGAAUCAGAAAAUGUCUGUUUGAACCCAAAGCAAAUAACCUCUACGCGUCUCGUGUCUUACGUUCAGUCUGUCUCGGCGGUCAGUUUGCCAGGAAGCUAUAGCUGCCACUGGCCACAUUCAGACGGCCCUCUGCUGUCGGACAGAUUUUCACCUGGAUGUGGGUGUGGCAUCACCUCUUGCCUGUUUUUACUCGUUUCCGUAUCACUCGUGAUGUUUGCGGUGUCUGAGGCUACACACGUUUGUUCUGUAUCCUUUUGUUUUUAAAAGUUCUCAUUUCAGUUUUAUACUUUUUCUAUCUCUGAGGUUUACUACUGUUUGACAGUUCAAGCAACUGUUGUACUGUGUUUUCCUUUUUACCAUGUGUUGACAAUUUAAUUUAAUUUUUUUUUCUAGUGGUUUAAUCCACUUGGCUUUUCCCUUCUUUUAAUUGGAUUCAUGCUAUUAUUUACAUUUUUCUCUUGGGGGUAUUUAUAUUCUUAACUGUAGAGCAUAAAGGGAUGUUUUAUUUAGCUGGACUGGCUUUCUUGUAAAUAUAUUUAUGUGAGACCAAUAUGUAGAUCUGAAAGUUGAAUGGUCGUUUAGAAAAGGAGAAUUUCAGGUCAUCCAACCCACCAAACAGUGGCAGAAAUUUAUUUAUUUAUCUUUUACAUUUCAGAGGCUUAUUGCCUGCUAUAAGGAGUGAUAAGACUGAGUCAAAAUGUGUCACUUUUGCACAUUGUCACCACUUGUUACAGCUAAAAAACCCGACAAGGAUGAAUUGGGUUUAAAUGAGCAUGAUUGGCAGCCCACACUGACGGACCGAAAGGGGCUUUGUUUUAUUAUUUGUAUCGGUAAUUGAUCUAAUUCUAUUUAUGUGAUUAGUCAAAAUCUGUUAAAUGCACAGUUUAUUAUUUUUGAGAAUAUGCUGUAAGAUAAAUAAGCUAGGGCCUACUACCGUUUUCGUUAGAUUAGCACAAAGACUUUGAGCCAUUAGCUAGCCAGGUUGUUGCUUCUUCUGCUCCUGUAAUUGAACAGUUUAAAAUAAACCAAAUGUAGAACAUA